AAGACAGAACACAAGUAAAAAAAAAAUUGAGAGUUUAUUAAAAAAACAAUGAGUUAUGUUUGUUACAUUAAUACUUUCUAUACGAAACGUAUCAUUAAUAGUGAAUGGUUGUGAUUGUAUUAGUUAAAGACGAUGUUGAAGAUGGUGCUAUUAGUACACCAGGACAUCAACAACAGCAAACAUCACGAUACAAUAACAAUAAUACAUCAAUUCAAUGGCAAUCAUCAUCCGCCUCUUCCUUGACUCAAACAUCGGCAUCGAGAUUUAAUAAUUAUCCACAACGCCAACAACAACAUAGACCGAAUGUUACGGUCACUUAUAUCAGUUGUGUACGAAUAACACCCUCACAAUUUUGUUCUCAGGUACGACGUGGUGGUGACAACAACGAGGGUGGUGGAACACUUGUUGGUGUUGGUGACGAGGAGACAGGCGAUACAUUUGCUACAACUAAAGAGGAGGAAUGGGUGACGAAGAAGAAGACGGAAGUGACGACGACACGUCAAAUCGAAACACGUGUCAAACGUCAAGUAGUUUUAGAAGAUGGCAAAGUAGUCGAAGAUUCUGGACCGAUUGUAACUACCAAUACAACAGAGGACACCGAAAAGCAAGAACACGAACAAACCGAGCGGCGUACACUAGGUGCAUCAGAUCAAGAUGGCGCCCAGGACGAAGUUGAUGGCGUGAUUAAAAGUGUGAAUAGUGCAAAUGAUAAACAAUUAACAAAUAAAAAUGGGGACGAAUGGCGUGUGAUAAGUGUUAAAGAUGCUCCACAUUUAAAUGGAGCAACAGUUCUUAAGGAAGUGAAAGAACAUCGAGUGUUAUCUAGAGAGGAAACUGAAGAAACCCGUGAAACUGAGGAUAUACAACACCUAGGGGAUAUCACUGACGAGCAAUAUUUGAAUGCUGUACGAAGUGGUAAUGAAGAUAUACGUAAAGCACUAGAACAAAAUCGAAAUACACUAGCCAUUUCAACUGGACCUCGAAUUGUACAUCAAUCAACAAAAACACAUAAAACUGUUGAUACAGAAGACAAAGAGGAAAAAUCUGCAGUACAACCAGAUGGACGUAUAAUUACUGAAACAAAACGCACUACUGAACAUGAUGAAACACGUGAUGAGGAAUUAACAGAUGAAAAUGCAUCCGAUGUUGAUAUUGUAAAUGAGAGUUCACAGCGGCAUCACAAAACAAAAGAUCAAGAGCAUAUUGACUAUAUUGCCGACGGUGUACCAAUUGGAAGAGAGAUGCGUUACACCGCUGAAACAGCAGAAGGAGAAAGAUAUGGUGAUCCUGGUAUGGAUGAACCCGACUGGGAUAGUUUAUCGACGCGAAUAAGGAAGGCACGUCGACAACAAACUUCUGCUAGUCGUAAUCAAUUAUUCAAACAACGCGGUCUAGAUGCACCCAAUUCACCAAUUGGAUCACCCUUAGACCGUAAAGAUGCAUUAACAAAACGACCGAUCGACUUCGAUCAAGAAGAAGAAACUCGAAAAGAAGAAACAUCAAAAUGGCUAGAGCAUCAUUUUGGUUCCGAUUCACGAUCCUCUCGAGAUUCACUGAAUGAAAUUGACACGCCAAAUACCGGACCAACAACUAGUUAUUUUAAUGUGACCAUAAAAUCAAAACCAACAGUAAAAACACAAAGUAAUCCUCCACCACCAAUAACCCCAACCACCUUUAUUACGUCGAGUCUAUCUCCUAAACCGUAUACACCACCAACACCCGAACAAAACGAAUCAAAAUGGACCGAAUGGACUGAAAAACGUUACGAAGAUCAUCAUCAACAAAAAUCGGUUAAAGAUCGCCAUAAUAUUUAUCGUACAAAAAAUCAUUAUGGCAGCGCGGAUGAAUUAGAAAGUGAUUCGCCCAAAUUUUAUAACGGUGAUUCGAAGCGAAUGAACGGUCAUGAAUCACCAUAUCCACAAGGGCGGAAUGACGAAAUCCCUGAACGCGAUAUUCAUUUUAAACCAAUAGUAGAUGAUCAACAUCAAAGAUCGUACAAGUAUAAAGAACGAGAGGAGUUUCGACGAUAUCCAGCUGGAGAUGAAACACCUCCGACAGUUCCUCAACGUAGACGCCAAAUGGAACGUAAACAGCGUAGUUCGGAAGAUAGUCAUUACGAUAGUGGUUAUCGAAGUCAUUCACGGAAUGAAAUGUCGUAUUUAUCCCGUGAUAGUAAAGAAGAAUUACCUUUUGAAGAACCACCACCAGAUUAUUCCCCACCUCCUCGUGUUACACCCAGUUCGUCACCAUCACCACCUUUACACCAUCUUGGUGGUGUCAAAGAUAAAAAGUUAUAUCAACGAACACGUUUUGCCGCGGAUAUACCACCACCUACAUCAAGUUCGUCAACAUCACCACAUCAAAAAUCAAAAAAUCCUAGUGGAAAUAUUAUCGGACAAAGUAUACGGAAAUUAGUUGGAAAAAUUCGUUCUGCUAGUGCGGAACGCAAAGCAAAACAAAAAGCAAAACGUCACAUGUCACGAUCACCAUCGCCACAUCAAAACUCAACAUCAACAUAUCAACAAUUCAAUGUUAUUGACAAUAAUAUUCCGCCACCUGUUGGUCUUAAUGAAUCCCACCAACAAAGAAAUUCAUCACGUCAUUAUAAUGAAGUAGGCGGUGCCAUAAAUGAUAAACCAGUUUCCACUACGUUGUAUCAAAAACAAAAAUCAAAUUUGUCCUCCAGUAAUAGUAGUAAUCGACAUCAGUUAUCAGAUCAAAGUAUGGCUGAGAAUCGGAAGCAUCUCAAUAAUGUGCGUAAUGGUGUUCCGUCACGUGGUAAUAGUGCAUCUCCUAGUGUUGUACAACGUUAUUAUUUAGGUGAAGAUCCAUUUGGUGGUAGUAUUUAUGGUAGAGAAAAUAAAUAUGAUGGUGUGAAACCGGCACGAUCGUCAAGAAAAUAUAACAAUUAUCCUAAUCGAUCACAUGAAAAUGGUUAUUAUAGGCGCGAAAGUCCAUCGGAAGAUGAAAUUUCACGAGUACAUAGUAGCACCUUAGGCCGUUUAAGUAAAUCCACAAGUCGUCUUGCACCAAAUGAAGAUAUAAUUGAUUAUAGCCGGAACGUUCAAACAUUGCCACGGAACAUUCACCAAUAUAAUAGUUCAUCCACUUAUAAAACAAAUACUUUAUCACAUUCGCCACCGACAAGACUGUCCAAAACCAAUAACAAUGCUAAUAAUAGUACAAUAAAUGUAUCAAUCAUAAAUACAGUGUCUCCACCGGGCUCAACAAUAUCCGCAAAUCGUCCAUUAGUGAACGGUGGUCCUGCAAAACCGGCUCGUACCUACAAAUCAACAUUAAACAGGAGUAAAAGUUUCAAUGUCCAUGGAGGAGUUGGAGCACCAAAUGUUGAUUCCGGACCCGCAAGUAUGUUGAACCUACAACGAAAUAAUAUGUCGACUAUAUAUAAAAGUAAUCCACAUUUACAUCGACUUGAUGAGAAUCCACUACAAUUAAAAAGUCCUGGCAUCGUGUCCAGUAUAAGUCGAAGUCAACGUGAUAUAAACGAGGCCAUAAUUGAAGAAGAUCGAAAAGAUAAUAUGACAUACACACCAAAUCGAUUUUCUAGGAAUAAUAAUUAUGUUGAUGAUAAGAAAAAAAUCUUUAUGAAAGGUUUAGCUGACACUGCCCCAGAAUUAUUUAAAACUUUGCACGCAAACGAAGAAGAACAAAAAACUUAUUAUACGAGUAAUGGUAAUGCACCAAAACGAAUCGAACAUUAUCGAACAAUAUCCCCGAAAGUAACCGAUAAUUAUCGUAAUAAUUUUAUAAAUACAUCAUCGACAACAAUACGAAACGAUAGUGGUUAUAUUUCACCAAUAUCGAAAAUUGAAAGUAAUUAUCCCGUGAAACAUUCUACAUUACGGCGUGGUAGUAACGGAUCAGAUAAUUAUUCUGAAACGUACCAUAUAACAUCUAAAUCAGAUGAUCCAAAUCAUCCGAGUGUCACGGAUACAGUGAAAAGUUUUACCAAAAAAACUGUACCAUCAAAAGAUGGUAAAUCAUUAGAAACAAUUGAAUCCACUGAAACGAAAACGAUUACGAAAAGUCGAUUUCGUGGUAAUGAACCAAAUUUAAAAUAUAUUGAAAAUGGUCAUAAUAAAUUAGGACAUACGACUUCACAUAAUGGUGGGGUCGUUAUUGAAGUCAGGAAUAAUAAUUAUAGAAAAUAAAUUUUUGUUAUUUUUGAUUUAUUUUUUCUCAAAACGGAUAGAAUCACCAAUUUAGUAGUAAUUAUUUAAUACUUAUCGAAUAUUAUUUCGAAUUAUUAACAAUUCAAAUCUUUAUAUUUAACCCGGUUACUUCAGUGAAAUCAUGAACAGGAUAACGAAAGUUCGUUUAAUUAGCCACAGGACGUAUUUUACCAAAAGACGCCUCAAUACUGGAAUUAUCAGUAUGUAAAAACAUCAUAAUUAAGUGCUUUUUAAUAAGCCAUGGGCUUGUUUAGCAGACACAAAUGUGUCAGCGUGUUCAACGAUCAACCAAUAAAGAAUGUGGUUAAAAGCAAGUUAUCGUUUAUAAUCAUUAAGGAAGAAUCUAUUAACUUCGUGGCAUAAUUCCAUCCUUUUUGAAACCCUUCUCCGAUGCAGCCAACCGUAACUUUUACUAUGCUGUUCUCCCCUACGGGUGGAAUGUAAUUUUUUUAUUAUCAAGUCAAGAAACCAUUUUGUAUUAUCUGAAACACUCGAAUUGUCGCAUUGUAAGAUUAUGGCGUUCAUAAAAUAUAAAAGUACCCAAAGUUUGAAUUUAAAUAUCCAUAUACAGCAAAUUAAACUGGAAAUUAUUUUCAUUGUGCCAAAAAAAGUAUACCAAGUACGUAGGUUGAUUUUAUAGCCACCCUACACUGACGCAGCUCAGGAUAGCUUUUGAACUUACCCCCUUCCUCCCUAGAUCGGGCCACGUGGUUUAUAAAUGCUCCCUAAGUAGUUAUUUUAUUUUAUGCAGUAAAUAGUUUCUCAAUAAAUCGCCACAUUAUUCUCCGAGCGUGACUGAAUGAUUUCAAUUACAAAUAAUGACACCACUCACUUAACAGCAGAACAAAUUAUGAGGUUCCAUCCUCAUAAGCUGCUACGACAAUCAAAAAUAAGAAAUAUAUAUAUUUUUCGGCGAAUCGUUUCAGUAAAUAGAUGCCUACGUACUCACGUAAAUACUAAAAUAAAUUUAUUGACGGAUUACCAAAACAGUUGUGUUAAAAACCGAAAAAUGAAUUUUUUCGAGAUUACAUUAGCUUCUCUUACUUGAAACAGUCAGUAAACUAACAUAGACGCAGGAUCAAUCCCGUUGAUCUACUGAACUUAAAGUGAAGUUUAUGAACAAAAGUUUCAAAUAUUUUUGACGUUUUUGGAAUUUUAACCUCAUGUUAGUGUCUUGCUAAAUAUUGUAAAAUGUUCACAUAAACAUGAACCGAACAAUUAUAAACCAUGACUAUAGUGAACGAAUAAUUCUGGUAUAAUUCACUAUUACAUUUGACCCGAACUAGCAAAGUGCAUGCUGUAAGAUCCCAUGUUAGUUGCAUUCGUAUUUAAAAUUUCUUAAUUACCGUUUGAAUUCUCUGGGUGGAGCAUAGAAAACUUUUUAUUAAAUACAUGAAUUAAGCUUUGCCGAAAUUCGCCUAGAUAUUUUUAAUAAAAACAGCAACAACCUAUCCACAUACUCGGAACUUCUUAUCGGGAUCUUUGACCGGGUAAAAGUGCUCUUCGAGAUGUUUAAAACAAAAGGGCAUCUUCUUCAACUUUAGAAAAUUUAAAAUGUUUAGAAAAUAUUGAAAAAUUGGUGCUAUUACAAAACAUAAUAUUUAUAACAAAUAUGAUAUAAAAUAUUAUUUAAUCAAAAAUAAAAACAGGAUGGACGCAGGGAGGUGUGCGAUAUGGAAAACUCGUAAACUACAUAAAAUAGUGUUUAAGAAAGUUAAGAACUGAAGAAAAUUAUUGUGUCUUCAAGUAAAUUGUUUUCUUUUUAAGUCAAUAAUUUAGUAAAUUGUAUUGGAAAUCAGACGUGGUGCA